AUGGAAGACAAAAUAACAUCCAUUGUCGCGGAUGAUAGAAUUGACGAGAUUUUACAUUUGAAUGCUACUAAGGAGGAGUUAAUUAUCAUACUCAAUUACAUUAUUAUGGAUUAUAAAAAGUUCUCGUUGACAGAUAAAAUCUUACUGCAGUCAUAAAAAUUACAGAAACUAGCAUUAGAAGAAUGCAUUGAAAAUCGAUAUGUGUAUAUCUUCUUGCCAGGAGUAAAGAAUUCUAUGGACAUUAAAUCCUAAAAAGAAGUCAGAUACACAUAUGAACCUAAAGAAGGGAAGAUUUUGAAAGAAAAAUAUAGGAAUGGUCGUAAAACUGAAUCAACUGAGGUCACUUAUGAGCAAAUCAAUAAAAUGUUAGGAUCCUUCAAUCAAAGUACAGGUGCCUUCUUAUCAAGCAAACCUAACUUCGCUGAAAGCAGAUUCAUAGCUCCACUUUUAUCUUAAGAGGAGGUGUCCAAAAGGGAGAAGGUCUAAGUGAAGGGAGGACAAAUUCAAUUUGUGUAAAUACCAAGAAAAAAUAAACACCCCUUUAAAAAUUAUACUGCAGAAGAAGUCUAAAAACAUAAUAAGCCAGGGGAUGUAUGGACUGUGUUGAAUGGUAAAGUUUAUGACAUUUCCCUUUACUUGGAUUAUCAUCCUGGCGGAGUCGAAAAGUUGAUGCUUGGAGCUGGAAAGGACUGCACAAAAUUAUUUAAUUAAUUCCAUUCUUGGGUGAAUGGACAUGCAUUUUUGGAAUAGGAUUAUAUUGGUAACUUAAAAUAUUGA